AUGGCGGCGGCGGUGCCGGAGGCCUGGCCGGAGCUGGAGCAGGCGGAGCAGCAGCGGCGGCGGGAGCUGCUGCUGACGGGGCCGGCGCUGGAGGAGCGGGUGCGGGCGGCGGGCGGGCGGCUGCCGCCGCGGCUCUUCUCGCUGUCGCUGCUGCACUACCUGGAGGUGAGCGGCUGCGGCAGCCUGCGCGAGCCGGGCCCGGGCCUGGCGCGGGGCCUCCCGCAGCUGCAGAGCCUCGUGCUGCGGCGCAACGCGCUGGGCCCCGGCCUCAGCCCCGAGCUCGGCCCGCUGCCCGCGCUGCGCGUGCUCGACCUGUCGGGCAACGCGCUGGAGGCGCUGCCGCCGGGCCAGGGCCUGGGCCCCGCCGAGCCGCCCGGCCUCCCGCAGCUGCAGACCCUCAACCUCAGCGGCAACCGGCUGCGCGAGCUGCCCGCCGACCUGGCCCGCUGCGCCCCGCGCCUGCAGACCCUCAACCUCACCGGCAACCGCCUGGACUCCUUCCCCGCCGAGCUCUUCCGCCCCGGCGCGCUGCCCCUGCUCAGCGAACUGGCGGCCGCCGACAACUGCCUGCGGGAGCUCAGCCCCGACAUCGCCCACCUGGCCUCGCUCAAGACGCUGGACCUGGCCAAUAACCAGCUGAGCGAGGUGCCCGCGGAGCUGGCCGACUGCCCCAAGCUCAAGGAGCUGAACCUCCAGGGCAACCAGCUCAAGGACCGGCGCCUGGAGAAGAUGCUGGGCAGCUGCCAGACCAAGUCCGUCCUGGAGUACCUGCGGGCCGGGGGCCGCGGCCGGGGCCGGGGCCGGGCCGAGCCCGAGAAGGAGGAGAGCCGGCGCCAGCGGAGGGAGCGGAGGAAGAGGGAGGGCGGCGAGGGCGGGGAGGAGGAGGUGGCCGAGGCCAGCCGGCUGCUGCUCCGCGUGCUGCACGUCUCCGAGAACCCCGCCCCGCUGACCGUCACGGCCGGCGCCGAGGUCCGGGGCGUGCGGCCGUUCCUCGUGGGCGCCGUCGUGAGGGGCAUGGACCUGCAGACGGGCAACGCGCUCAAGCGCUUCCUCACCGCUCAGACGAAGCUGCACGAGGACCUCUGCGAGAAGAGGACGGCGGCCACCAUCGCGACCCACGACCUGCGCGCCGUGCGCCGGCCGCUGCUGUACACCGCCCGCCCACCCCAGGACCUCAAGAUCGUGCCCCUGGGGCGCAAGGAGGCGAAGGCCAAGGACCUAGUGCGGCAGCUGCAGCAGGAGGCGGAGGAGCGCCGGAAGCAGAAGAGGCGGCAGGCGGUGUCGGGGCUGCACAGAUACCUCCACCUGCUGGACGGGCAGGAGCAGUACCCCUGCCUCCUGGACGCCGACGGCGACGCCAUAUCCUUCCCACCCAUAACCAACAGCGAGAAGACCAAGAUUAAGAAAACAACUUCCGACUUGUUUUUGGAGGUGACAAGUGCGACCAGCCUGCAGAUCUGCAAAGACAUCAUGGACGCCCUCGUGCUGAAAAUGGCAGAGAUCAACAAAUACACCUUAGGGAGCAAGGAGGAGGGCUCCGACACCGACGCCGACGCCCCUUCCCCCAGCACGGAGUGCGACGGGAGCGCCCCCCUGGUGGUGGAGCAGGUGCGGGUGGUGGACGAGGAGGGGCACCUGAAGGUGGUGUACCCGUCCAAGACGGACCUGGACAUCGCCGCUGCCCACGUGACGGUCAUCCGCUGA